CUCCCCCACGUGGUCUCCUUCUCAAGCAGCCUCGCCGGGACGGCCUCCCAAUCGCGACCUUUUGUCUUCUCUUAUAGCACACCGGUGGUGCGCGGGAAUAGGUGUGCAUGCCCCGGCCUGGGCCUUUUUCUGUUAACCCACGGCAUCACCUUAGCAAGGGUGCUGUCCUUUUCAGUCCAUUCCCUGAAGCGCAGAACCAGAGGCCUUAUGAGAACCCGGCUUUUUGUCCCAGUCCUGUCCUCAGAACUCAAGGAGGCAUCAAGGGGGGAGUCAUUUACCUCUCCGGUCUCAGGUGUCUCUCACAGUACACUCCUGAUCAUGUAGUUGGACCUGGAGCAGACAUUGAUCCCACUCAAAUAACCUUUCCCGGAUGCAUUUGUGUCAAAACUCCCUGCCUCCCUGGCACUUGCUCCUGUCUCCGCCAUGGAGAGAACUAUGAUGAUAACUCAUGCCUUAGAGAUAUAGGAUCUGGAGGAAAGUAUGCAGAGCCUGUUUUUGAAUGCAAUGUCCUGUGCCGAUGCAGUGACCACUGCAGAAACAGAGUGGUCCAGAAAGGUCUGCAGUUCCACUUCCAAGUGUUCAAGACGCAUAAAAAAGGCUGGGGACUUCGUACCUUGGAAUUUAUACCAAAAGGAAGGUUUGUCUGUGAAUAUGCUGGUGAGGUUUUAGGAUUCUCUGAAGUUCAGAGAAGAAUUCACUUACAAACAAAAUCUGACUCUAACUACAUUAUAGCCAUCAGGGAACAUGUUUAUACUGGGCAGGUAAUGGAAACAUUUGUUGACCCUACUUAUAUAGGAAAUAUUGGAAGAUUCCUUAAUCAUUCUUGUGAGCCAAACCUUUUGAUGAUUCCUGUCCGAAUUGACUCAAUGGUACCUAAGUUGGCACUUUUUGCAGCCAAAGAUAUUGUGCCAGAAGAAGAACUCUCUUAUGAUUAUUCAGGAAGAUAUCUUAAUCUAACAGGCAGUGAAGACAAAGAAAGGCUAGAUAAUGGGAAACUAAGAAAACCUUGUUACUGUGGUGCCAAAUCAUGUACUGCUUUCCUGCCUUUUGACGGUUCUCUGUACUGCCCCUUAGAAAAGUCGAACAUCAGUUGUGGAAAUGAGAAGGAACCCAGCAUGUGUGGCUCAGCCCCUUCUGUGUUCCCCUCCUGCAAGCGAUUGACCCUUGAGACUAUGAAAAUGAUGUUAGACAAAAAGCAAAUUCGAGCAAUUUUUUUAUUCGAGUUCAAAAUGGGUCGUAAAGCAGCAGAGACAACUCGCAACAUCAACAACGCAUUUGGCCCAGGAACUGCUAACGAACGUACGGUGCAGUGGUGGUUCAAGAAGUUUUGCAAAGGAGAUGAGAGCCUUGAAGAUGAGGAGCGUAGUGGCCGGCCAUCAGAAGUUGACAACGACCAACUGAGAGCAAUCAUCGAAGCUGAUCCUCUUACAACUACAAGAGAAGUUGCCGAAGAACUUAAUGUCAACCAUUCUACAGUCGUUCGGCAUUUGAAGCAAAUUGGAAAGGUGAAAAAGCUCGAUAAGUGGGUGCCUCAUGAGCUGACUGAAAAUCAAAAAAAUCGUCGUUUUGAAGUGUCAUCUUCUCUUAUUCUACGCAACCACAACGAACCAUUUCUCGAUCGGAUUGUGACGUGCGAUGAAAAGUGGAUUUUAUAUGACAACCGGCGACGAUCAGCUCAGUGGUUGGAUCAAGAAGCAGCUCCAAAGCACUUCUCAAAGCCAAUCUUGCACCCAAAAAAGAUCAUGGUCACUAUUUGGUGGUCUGCUGCUGGUGUGAUCCACUACAGCUUUCUGAAUCCCGGUGAAACCAUUACAUCUGAGAAGUAUGCUCAGGAAAUCGAUGAGAUGCACCAAAAACUGCAACACCUGCAGCUGGCAUUGGUCAACAGAAAGGGCCCAAUUCUUCUCCACGACAAUGCCCGACCGCAUGUUGCACAACCCACACUUCAAAAGUUGAAUGAAUUGGGCUAUGAAGUUUUGCCUCAUCCACCGUAUUCACCUGACCUCUUGCCAACCAACUACCACAUCUUCAAGCAUCUCAACAACUUUUUGCAGGGAAAACGCUUCCACAACCAGCAGGAUGCAGAAAAUGCUUUCCAAGAGUUUGUCAAAUCCCGAAGCACGGAUUUUUACGCUACAGGAAUAAACCAACUUAUUUCUCGUUGGCAAAAAUGUGUUGAUUGUAAUGGUGCCUAUUUUGAUUAAUAAAAAUGUGUUGAGCCUAGUUAUAAUGA